GCUUACUGCUUCCGAGAUGCUGAUGGCGAACGGGGUGCCAGUGCUCCAGCGGUUGGCCAAUCCCGCGGGCACCCCGGCUCGCUUGACGAGCUUGUGUGCCGUCGCGAGCGAUUGUGGAUUCACCCGCCUCGACAAGAUCCGCAACACCCUGAUCAAGUUCUCGGGGAAUGGCCUCAACAUUCCAGUGGCUGGCGCUAUGGAGCUGUACGCGCUGCUCUGGGCGGAGAUUGAUUGCCACUCCCCCGUCAUGGGGGUCGCGCAGUCCAUCAUGCAGGCGGCUCGCUCAGCCUGCCCAGCUCGCCCCGAGCGGCGGCUCGACAAGGGCGGCGACGACAAGAGGAAGAAGAAGGAGAAGGCGGCGAAGACGAUCAAGCAGGAGCGGACUGAGGAGACGAUGACUGUGAGCAUCAAGAAGACAAAGACGAAGACCGUCAUCACGACGGCCCAGGCCGCUAGCGACGGCGACGGCGACCCUUCGAGCAGCAGUGACUGA